AUGGCCUGGGAAGCACCAGCCCGGGCUCGUCAGCUGUCGGCAGCGACAUCUUCUCCGCAUCUGGAUGGCGCGCUGGUAUAUAAGAGUGCACGUCGCCUCCACAUUCGCUCAUCGACGCGCAUCCUGGCAGAUCAAAGUAGCGACAUGUCUGCUGAUCUCAAAUGGCGUCCCGGUGACGAGAACAACCCGUACGACCCAGCAUGUAUGAGCGAAUGCGAGAUCGCCGACGCGAUCAGGUCCUACGAACGCGGCCGCCACGAUCCUUUCAUGGUACAGCAUGUGCACGAUCUCGUCCACGACCCAGUUGCGCGCAAGGACUAUGAGGAGUAUCUUGCGGCAGAGAUGAAGGAUGCGGCGGAACGCCGAGAGACUAUGCACGAGCGGAUGAGGCGUGAGAAGAGCGAGUGGGCGGCCAGCGACGCGUUGAGUCUAAAGCUCAAGAACAAAGGAAACGAAGCCUUGAAGGCAGGAGACGUGAAGAAGGCGUGGUUCAUGUACUCCCUUGCACUCGAGAAGAGCUCCCACGAGCCCGCGUAUCACCUGAACCGUGCCGCCGCGGCCAUUCAACUCGGAUUGUAUGCAUAUGCAGAGCAGGAUGCGACGCAAGCUUUGAAGGCCGACGGCGAUCAGGGACUAUCGUACACCACCCGCUUCACUCCCAAAGCGUACUUUCGUAGAGCGCAAGCGCGGAGGUACAUGGGCGCUCUUGACGACGCAGAGCAAGACAUCGUUAUGGCGCUCAAGAUGUUGCCGGACGACACCGCUCUUGCCAAGGAGCAGCAAGUCAUCUGCGAGUUGCAUCGCAUGACGCCCGAUGAGCUUAGAGAAUAUCAGAAACAAGCCGCAGUGCGAAGCUCUGACGAGGCUUUCCAAGAGGUUAUUGGGUAUACAAUAGAGGAGAUCGACGGAGUCUUGGUCGGUAUGAGAGAGCAAGCGAAGCAGGAGGACAUGUUGAAUCCGGAAUGA